AUGACUGCGAACCCGGGUUACGAAAGCGAUCAUCUCGGCAAUGAACAGGAAGCAGAGGCCGUCUUCCUCGACAACACACAUUACAACUUCGAGGAUAAGCAGUUGGGCUACGGAGACGCUGACACUCACGGCUUCGCUUUUGGGAUGCUUGACUCAAAAGCCUUCUACAUGACCGAGGCGGUGAGAGAUGUGCUGAUGAAUACCCCGGUUGAGGACAGUGACCUUACCCUGGCCUCCGUCAACUCCAUCGACGACUACUGGGAUGUACUAAAGGGUCCAUUGAUCCACACCCUUUACGACAACCAGUGGUACAACAGCAAACUGAUCAGUGGAAAUGAUACCUACUACUUGGGUUACGAAUCGGUGAGACUGGGACUAAUACGAAUUCGCCAGGUGCGUGUGACUAACCACUCCUGCAGCAUUCCGGAGGACUUUGCCCAACAAAUUACCUCUUGUUAUGGCAUCUACUCUGACGCCAUUGAGGAUAGAUCAACCUACGGGCCGGGCAAUUCGACUGCAUGGGUCUACACCUCGGGGGACGAGUUAAAAAUGGGCAUUCAUUUCGGCACGGUGGCGGUGUACGGCGGCGGUGGGUACUACCUGGAUCUGCCGCAGGAUGAAAACAUGACCUUGGAGAGUGUGACGGAGUUGUUCCAAAACCUCUGGGUUGACAGAGGCACUAGCGCCAUCUUCCUCCACUUCACUGUCUACAACUCCAACGCCAAUCUCUUCUGUGUUGUCUCACUCGUAGCAGAACUGCCUCCGACCGGGGGGAUCCUAAUUGGCAGUGAAUUUCGAACAGUAAAACUGUUGCGCUACGUUCGGACGCAGGAUUAUGUUGUGUUGAUGUUUGAGUGCUUCUUCCUCCUCUUCGUUGUCUACUACGUAGCUGAGGAGGUUAUUGAGGUGUUCAACCUUGGCUACAAGUACUUUACAAAAUUCUGGAACAUUCUGGAUGUUCUUGUUGUGGUACUGUCCUGCAUCUGCGCGGGAUUCAACAUCUACCGCACGGUGAGGGUGAAAGCCACGUUAAGUAGUCUUCUGGCCAACCCCAACGAGUACUCCAAUUUCGAGCGGCUGAGCUACUGGGAGAUGCAAUUCAAUUACGCCGUUGGCAUACUCGUCUUCCUGGUGUGGAUUAAGAUUUUCAAGUACGUCAGCUUCAACAAGACUAUGAACCAGCUGAACUUGACCCUGGCAAACUGCGCAAAGGAUAUUGCCGGUUUCGGGGUGAUGUUCUUCAUUGUCUUCUUCGCGUUCGCCCAACUAGGCUACCUGGCUUUCGGGACACAGGUCUCCGACUUCAGCACAUUCGCAACCUCCCUCAUGACUCUCUUCCGCAUCAUUUUGGGCGACUUCGAUUUCCAGGCUCUACACGACGCGCAAAGCUUCUUCGGUCCACUCUACUUCCUCGUUUACAUCUUCUUUGUCUUCUUCGUCCUCAUCAACAUGUUCAUUGCCAUCAUUAAUGACACCUAUCUGGAGGUGAAAUCGAAUUUGUUGAACCAGCCCAGCGAGUUCCAAAUGAAGUCAUUUUUUAAACAACGCCUUAAGGAUAUGCGUAACAAGAUGAAACAAAAGAAGAGUCAACUUCAAGAGAUCCAAGACGCAAUCGACGCUGUAGCUACCGAGGAGAACGAUAUGUCUAUUGAUGAUCUGAAAGCUGAAAUGAACGGAGAAGCUAGUGGAGCUGCAUUGGAUGAGAUUUUACGAAAAGUGGACACAAACAAUGACAUGAAGUUGGAUACAAAUGAGCGCAGGGCACUGCGUGAAACCCUGGAGAAUAAAAAGAUGAGUCUGAUGCAGGAGAUGUUCAACUUCCAAGAGGCCGAAAUUGGGCAUUCGUACGAUCAAUUCUCCAAGCUGUUGACCACCCGGGUGGCGAGCAAGGAGGACAUGGAUCGGGCGUACAUGCGUCUCAUUCGACUGGAAAACUGCAUCAAAAAUGUCACCGAACGUCUGCAUUCAAUAGUGCGGAAGUUAAAGCAAAGUGAGGAGGUGAAAAAUAAACGCACUGAGCAGAUGCAAAACCUACUGGAAAAUUUAGUCUCGGCUAUUCAUGCACCACCACCGCCACCACUGUCAGCAAAACCAAGCUUUGACCACCAGAGCAGUGUGGAUGCUACUGAAAUGUCCUCAGUAGCGCCUACACCAAUGGAAGGGGUUAGGAAGAGACCCGACAGGAACCUCUCAUUCAAAGGCCUGACGAAAUUUGGCAGAAAGCGCGAAGAGUGA